CCACUGCACAAACCAGUUCAAUUCCAUUUUCGGUAUUUAGAGCAACCAACUAAUCAACCACACCCAACAAAAAUGGCAUUCAAAUUCAUCGCCUUCUUCGCCCUCUGCAUAGCUGCCGCCAGCGCUGGUGUUAUCGUGCCCGGAGCUCCUUUGGCCGCUGUCGCUCCAGCACCUUUGGCAGUUGCCGCACGUGUUGAGGAAUACGACCCACACCCCCAAUACACCUACGGUUAUGAUGUGAAGGAUGCUCUGUCCGGUGACUCGAAGACUGCUGUGGAAACCCGUGAUGGUGACAUUGUUCAAGGUCAAUACUCUUUGAAUGAUGCUGAUGGCUACCGUCGUAUUGUUGACUACACCUCCGAUCCAAUCAACGGUUUUAACGCUGUUGUGCGCCGUGAACCUUUGGUUGCGCCCGUUGUUGCUGCCGCCCCAGUAGUAGCCGCACCCGCUCCAAUAGUCAGAGCCGCUCCUCUGGCCGCGCCCGCACCACUCGUAGCUGCCGCUCCAGCUCCCCUUGUUGCCGGACCAGCAGUGGUGAAAACUCAAUUCGCUUCUCCACUCAUCUCUUACGCCUACUAGAAAUGUUGGACUGAAAUUUUGCCAUUAGAUUUUAUUAAUGAAUAAAGCCGAAAAUACCUACAUACAAACAAAAA